AUGGAGCACAUCAUUGUCAAUGGCACUCUUGGCGACGACCUGUGCAAUGAGUUUGAAGUGCAAAUGAUUCUACCUGAACUGGCAGAGUUCUCGCACUCUCAUUGGGGAUAUUUAUUCCAUAAACUUUGUUAUGAGCUCGACCAGGAUGAUGAAAACACACUGGUUGAGUUGUCCGAGGGAGAUAGCGACUACGAAUCAAGUGAUGGCUCCAUCAGCUCGGAAGACGGAACCGAAGAUUACAGCGAUGACGACUACUGGGAACAACCAGAGCUUACUGAGGAUGAAACGUUUGAACUAGGAGUUGGUCUCGCGUUGUGUGCGAACGAGGAUCUCAGCAUACCUCCAAUGCACUAUUGUUAG